CAAGUUGAGCUCUUUAUCUGCCACCAUGUCAGCUGGAGGAGAUUUGGGGAACCCCCUGAGGAAAUUUAAACUCGUAUUUUUGGGAGAGCAGAGCGUGGGGAAAACAUCUCUCAUCACUAGAUUCAUGUAUGACAGUUUCGACAACACAUAUCAGGCGACCAUUGGAAUAGACUUCCUAUCGAAGACGAUGUACCUGGAAGACCGAACAGUAAGGCUGCAGCUGUGGGAUACUGCUGGACAGGAGCGUUUCAGGAGUCUCAUCCCCAGCUACAUUCGAGACUCUACAGUAGCUGUGGUCGUCUAUGACAUUACAAAUGUGAACUCAUUCCAGCAGACCUGCAAGUGGAUCGAUGAUGUCAGGACGGAGAGAGGAAGUGAUGUCAUUAUCAUGCUAGUCGGCAACAAAACAGAUCUGGAAGAGAAGAGGCAAAUCAUGAUCGAGGAAGGAGAGCAGAGAGCCAAAGAGCUGAACGUCAUGUUCAUCGAGACCAGUGCCAAGACAGGCUGCAAUGUCAAACAGCUGUUUCGUCGGGUUGCAGCAGCCCUACCUGGAAUGGAAAGCUUGGACGACGCAAAUCCUGAAGGCAUGAUCGACAUUAAGCUGGACAAACCGGCAGAGCCAACUGUCCCCGAGGGCGGGUGCUCAUGUUAAUGCAGAGCUGAAAUCGGACAGCUCCCUUCACACCAUAGGCUUGUUGUGUUGCUUACUACUGGUUAGCUUCCAGUUGACUUCUCUAAUUGGAUAUAGGAUGCGGGCCUUGUAUCUGAUUGGACAAAUCAAAUGUUAUCUUUCAGUCUUGUUCAGUUGUAAAAUAUUGUAUACUUUGUCAAUAUGUAAGUGACUGGAGGAGAAAAGGGGGAAAAAACC